AACACUACAAGGCAAGUCAGUAGACACCGAGUGUGCAAUGUCUAAUUCAUCUGAUGAAGAUAUUCCUUUAAGUGCAAUAAUUAAAAAACGUUCAGAAAAACUAAAGUUUAAGUUACUAGAAGAAUUACAGCCUGAUAAAAGUAAAGAAAAACCUGCCGAAGAAAAUAUAAAUAAAAAAUUGCCAAGAGGCCAAGGAAAAUCGAGCACCUGUGAUAAAAUAAUAGAUACAGAGUGUGUAAUGUCACAUUCAUUUUAUGACGAUACUUCUUUGGGUGUAAUUCAAAAAAGUUCAGAAAAACAACGGAAGUCCGAAGAAGACUUGGUCCUGGGACAGGUUAAUAGAAACUCUGUUGUAGAAACUAUAAACGAAUUAUCUUCAAGAGACGAAAAACAAUUGAACGCUGAUGAUAACGAGGAUUUUGGGGAAGAUUGCUAUGAUUCUGACGCUGAUCCUCCAUACAAAGCUACGUGUGAAGUAAGAAGGUGUAAAGUUGAAGUAUUUAGUUCAUGCGAGCGUUGCCUUAUUUUGCUAUGCUGGGACCAUUUUAUCGACAAUCCAGAUUGCAGUAGACACGAUAAAAGUUAUAGAGAAAACAAAGCUAAAAGAAUAUCUAAUUCGAAUACAAAUCUACAACCAGAACAUCACACUGUAGAAGGGACAGAAAAAGAAGAGGUACAAAAUAAAAAAAAUCGUGUUAAUAAACAAAAACUGGCCAAACAUCUACGAAAUUCAGGUAAAGAAUACUUAACAGUCAAAGGGUUAAAAGUGAUUUCAGCUAGGGUUAUUAAGCCGAGAUGCGGAGGUGAAAGUUGCCAAAAAUUAGGUCGGCGUUGCUCUACAAUCGAUGAAUCUCAGCGUUUGCAAAUUUUUGCUGCAUACUAUGAGCUCGCAGAUGUUAAUCGUCAACGUGAAUUUAUAGUGCGUCAUACGGAAAAAAUCGAUACUAAACAAAAAACAACAAAAACGGAACAAUCACGCAGACAAAACAGUGUAAGAUAUUUUUUUCUAUAAAAAAUAGCCCUGUUCGUGUCUGCAAACAAUUUUUCUUGAACACUUUGAGUAUCUCAGAAAGAGUGGUAAGAACUGCUUUAGAAAAAUUACAUUCACUGGGCGUGGUAAAUUUAGAUAAAAGAGGUGGCCGAAGAUCUGAACAAAUUAUUGCUAGAGACUACGCAGUAAGACUUAACAUUGAGGAACACAUAGCAAGAUUUCCUCGCAUAGAAUCCCACUACUGUAGAUCCAGUACAAGCCGAAAAUACUUGCAUCCAUAUCUUUCAGUUUCCAAAAUGUAUUACUUAUAUACCCAGUCACUUUCAGAAGAUGAGCGUAAACCAAGUUUUGCAAUUUAUCAAAGAGUCUUCAAGUCGAAAAAAUUAUCAUUCCACUCUCCUAAAAAAGACCAGUGCUCACUGUGCAUGACGUACAAAACAGCAGAUCCGGAAACAAAAUCCGCAAUAGAAGACAAG